CGCGGGGAGCGGCGCGGGACGGCCCGGAGACCGCGAGACCCGGGGACCGACGGACAGACCCACAGGCAGCCGGGGAGGGGGGGCGGGGCCGGCCCGCCGAGUUCGCGGGGAGUGGGCGCCGGGACACCCUUCUCCCCGCCCGGGACGCCGCCCGCCCGACUGCGCCUGGGAUGUAGCGCCCGCUCGCCGCCUCCCGGAGACUCGUCGGACCCUGCGCCCCGCGGCCCUGCGUCUUCCCAGGUGACCACGCCGGCUUCAGGACAUGCACGGGCACAGCCGCAACGGGCAGGCCCACGUGCCCCGGCGGAAACGCCGCAACCGCUUCGUCAAGAAGAACGGCCAAUGCAACGUCUACUUUGCCAACCUGAGCAACAAGUCGCAGCGCUACAUGGCGGACAUCUUCACCACCUGCGUGGACACACGCUGGCGCUACAUGCUGAUGAUCUUUUCCGCGGCCUUCCUUGUCUCCUGGCUCUUUUUUGGCCUCCUCUUCUGGUGCAUCGCCUUCUUCCACGGUGACCUGGAGGCCGGCCCGGGGGGGCCCGCGGCGGGGGCCCCGGUGGCGGGAGGCGGCGGGGCGGCCCCGGCGGCCGCCAAGCCCUGCAUCAUGCACGUGAACGGCUUCCUGGGUGCCUUCCUGUUCUCAGUGGAGACGCAGACUACCAUCGGCUACGGGUUCCGAUGCGUGACGGAGGAGUGCCCGCUGGCGGUCAUCGCCGUGGUGGUCCAGUCCAUCGUGGGCUGCGUCAUCGACUCCUUCAUGAUCGGCACCAUCAUGGCCAAGAUGGCCCGGCCCAAGAAGCGGGCGCAGACGCUGCUGUUCAGCCACCACGCGGUCAUCUCGGUGCGUGACGGCAAGCUCUGCCUGAUGUGGCGCGUGGGCAACCUGCGCAAGAGCCACAUCGUGGAGGCCCACGUGCGGGCCCAGCUCAUCAAGCCCUACAUGACCCAGGAGGGCGAGUACCUGCCGCUGGACCAGCGGGACCUCAACGUGGGCUACGACAUCGGCCUGGACCGCAUCUUCCUGGUGUCGCCCAUCAUCAUCGUCCACGAGAUCGACGAGGACAGCCCGCUCUACGGCAUGGGCAAGGAGGAGCUGGAGUCGGAGGACUUUGAGAUCGUGGUCAUCCUGGAGGGCAUGGUGGAGGCAACGGCCAUGACCACCCAGGCCCGCAGCUCCUACCUGGCCAGCGAGAUCCUAUGGGGCCACCGCUUCGAGCCCGUGGUCUUCGAGGAGAAGAGCCACUACAAGGUGGACUACUCGCGCUUCCACAAGACCUACGAGGUGGCCGGCACGCCCUGCUGCUCCGCCCGGGAGCUGCAGGAGAGUAAGAUCACCGUGCUGCCCGCCCCCCCGCCCCCGCCCAGUGCCUUCUGCUACGAGAACGAGCUGGCCCUCAUGAGCCAGGAGGAAGAGGAGAUGGAGGAGGAGGCCGCGGCUGCUGCCGCCGUGGCCGCGGGCCUGGGCCUGGAGGCAGGCUCCAAGGAGGAGGCGGGCAUCAUCCGGAUGCUGGAGUUUGGCAGCCACCUGGAUCUGGAGCGCAUGCAAGCCACCCUCCCGCUGGACAACAUCUCCUACCGCAGGGAGUCCGCCAUCUGACCUCCAGGCCCGCCCUCUCGCUUCCCACCAGAGCCUCUUCCGGGGGUGGGCUGCCAGGACACCUCCACCGCACUCAGGACAGAGUGGCUCACCCUGGCUCCAAGGACCUUCUGGAGAGAGCUGGGGGCUUCAGAGACUGGGAGGCCCCUUCCUACUGACUCCAGAACCCAGGCCUGGGAAAGGGCCAGGAUACCCUCGGUCUGGUCAGCCUGGGUUCUCCAGCACCUACCCACUGGCGGCUCAGGAACCCCAGACCCACCACCCUUUCCCCACCGACCCUUCAAGGACAUUCCCCCUUUGCUCUCAGAACCUUGGGGAAGGCGGCUGGACUGUCGGGGGUGGGCAUCUUGGGGUUCUGGGGUGGGCCAGUGGUUAGUUUGAGGGGGUGGGAGGGGUGUGCGUUUCUUUUGCAUGACUGUGGUCUGUUGCUCAUGACUUUCUUUCGUAAAUAUCUAUAAAUGGAGAGAUGGAGGCACCA